AUGAAGGCCCUUCAACAACUCAAAGAGCACAUUCUAAAGAAGAAGUAUCCAAUUGUUUUACAGGGUCCCCCUGGCACUAAUAAGCUCUCUACAACCAUCAAUAUGCUACAGAAAUACAACAUCAAAUAUAAACAAAUUGAUAUUUCUGAAAUCAGAUACCAGCACAAACCACUCAUACCCUGUAUAUACAUCAUUCAAAACAUAGAGAACAGUGAUGUUCUUGAUAAAAUAACGUAUUUCAAGAACCUGAUUGUGAUAUCUGAUGUGUUUGUCAGUAGAAAGAGACAUGAAGUCACUUUGAUCACAGUCACCCCACAAUCAUUUCCUGGUAAAACACGGAAAGAACUUGCAACAACCAAAGAACUCCUUGAAGAUGAAAACACACUGUCGAUAUUCAGACUUGCUGGUAAAAUAUUCCACAAGAAAUGCACUGGAAAGCAGAUUGAUUACCAAAAUAGCAAAUUCAUUUAUUACUUUAACAAUAGCAGCAAAGAGGUUAAGGAAGUACACGAAACUGACACUGUUCAAUCAAAGACAAAAGACAGACGUAAAAUAAUCGAAGAAUCAACCGAUUCGUUCGAUUUGGAGACAGCGACACUGCCACUUCAGCAAGAAAAAUUGGCACCUGACAAAUUUAGCAAAUCAUUUUCAGCCUCAGCCAUGCAAGACGUAUUUUACGCCAAUUUCCACAAUUUCGUGGAUAUGAACAAUAUUGUAGAUUUCUAUGAUAUUUUAUCACUAACUGACAUACAACAGCACCAACAAAUCACAUUCGCGCUCUUUGCUUCUCAGAAAGGCGCAGUCUGCAAGAAGUUCAUUCAAUUCACCAGAAACAAAUUCAAUAAACCUGAAUAA